GUGAUCGGUCAGUUUCAGCCACAGGUUAAUGACUUACAAAUGAAAUGGGGCCACGUGCAGAGGUGCAUAUCCUCCAGUAGAGGGCGCUAAACAAUACAAUGAUAUCCUGCUGAGGGCCCGUGAUAGAGCCAAGUGCUUAUUGGAGGACUUUACAAAAUGCAUUUAUAUAUUAUGAAACAAAAAUUAUUACAACUAUACUCUAAUAAUGGGGUAAGUCAAGUGUUUAUGAGUUUGCAUGUGUGUAUAUUAAUUUGGAAAGAUUUGCUAAGAUUAACACGCUUCCAGUUUCCACAAUACCUCUUUGUUAAUAGAAAACAGAUUAGCAGUCAAGUGACCAGGAGCGUAUGCACCCCUACCAGCAUGUUUUGCGUCAGCCCUCUUUUAAACAGAUCCGGUAAUGACACCCAACUUCUGUCACAUCACACACCAUCAAUCACGGCAGUGUAACUAAAGAUCUGCCGGCUGGAGGAUUGUCAGUGGUCAUGACAGUCACGUACUCACGAAGGGUGGCUGAUGCCCGACUGGGUACCUUUUAUCGUCUGCUUCUGCGAUGGAAAGGAAGCAUCUAUAAGCUUUUAUACAGAGAGUUGCUCAUCUUUACUGUGCUUUACUGCACCAUCAGUUUUACAUACAGGUGUCUGCUGGAUGAAGAGCAGAGGAGGAUGUUUGAACACCUCUCCAUCUACUGUGAUCAAUACGCUCAGCUCAUCCCUGUAUCUUUCGUCCUGGGUUUUUAUGUGACUCUGGUGGUGUCUCGCUGGUGGGGUCAGUACGAGAGCGUCCCGUGGCCGGACCGGCUGGCAGCACUGGUUAGCGCUCACGUGCGGGGCACUGAUGAAGGGGCGAGACUCAUUCGCAGAAGUCUGGUGCGUUACGCCAACCUGUCAGGUGUCCUGAUCUAUCGCUCCAUCAGCACUGCUGUCUACAAGAGAUUCCCAACUAUGGAUCAUCUGGUACAGGCAGGUCUCAUGACUCCUGAAGAACUGAGGCAGUUUGAGGAUUUACCAUCACCUCAUAACAAAUUCUGGGUUCCCUGCAUGUGGUUUGUGAGUCUGGCCAUGAGAGCUCGAUCGGAAGGUCGCAUCAACAAUGAUGUCGCUAUGACCGCCAUACUUAAUGUGGUAACCGUCGCUGUGUACAGUUUCUUUCUGACUUGUCUGAUUGGUCGCCAGUUCCUCGACCCCGCCCAAGGUUAUCCAGGUCACAACCUUGACAUCUACCUGCCAGUCUUCACUUUACUGCAGUUCUUCUUCUAUGUUGGCUGGCUUAAGGUGGCAGAGCAGCUCAUUAACCCCUUUGGAGAAGAUGAUGAUGAUUUCGAGACAAACUGGUUGGUGGACCGUAAUUUACAGGUAUCUUUGCUGUCAGUGGAUGAGAUGUUUGAUUUGGUUCCUCACAUUGAACGAGAUAAAUACUGGAACGAGUCUGAACCUCAACCGCCCUACACGGCUGCCAGCGCUGAACACCGCAAACCAUCAUUUAUGGGAUCUGCUUUGGACAUCAGUGUUCCCAAAGAGGAAAUGGAAUUCCAGCACAAUCUGGAGCAGAUUAAAGAAAACGAAGAAGCCAAUCAUUCCACGCCAUUCCUGGGCAGCUUGAGUCGUCUUUUUGGCAUCCAAUCACCCAGUUUCCCCCGUUCAUCUCCCUCAUCCCGUGUUUCCCUCCUGCGACGUCGUCCCCGAGCUCCGUUCUCCCGUUUCCCCCUUUACCUGCACCCUGAAAGCUCUCCAAUGCCAAGCCUCAUCCGAAACCGUGACAUAGACGAAAGCGCCUUCUCAUCCAUGCCCCUAUACGAAAGACCCGGUUUCUACAGCUGUCCUCAGACGCCCAUCCACUGCAUUCCCCCGACCAUUCCACACCCGAGACCUCAAAGAGCUCAGGGUGAUUGUGAAAACAGCAACACCUCCCUGGCACAAAAUCCAGAAGUCCCGGCUACGCGCGGGAAUCUACUGCCACCUCCGUCCUCUGCCUUCCCUUGGGUGAACGAAGACUGCAACAAUCCUGCUUUCUCCUUUCCUGACCCAAUGCCCGAGCUACCCAAAUUACGCCCGAAUCAGGGGUUGUUGUCGCGCCGUCCCCUGCCCCUGCGACUCUCUCUGGAAACCUCUCCAAAUGGGGAGGGGCAGUCGGCACCCCCAAGUGCCCGGGCUGUUGGGGCAUCAGUGUUUUCUUUUACCCCUCCAUCGUGGCCACAAUCUCUGACCAACACUCCCAGUUCAGGAAGCAUAAAUGCAACAAACAGCAACAAAAACAUCAACAGCACAGGAAACACAUCCAUGAAUAACUCCUGGCCAAUCGCGGCCAAUACAUCUCCUACAGAGACUCAGCAAACAACAACUCCCAACGACUCUGGGAUCUCAUUGGCUGAGGGAGAUCUGUUGGGUAAGGGGCAGAAUGCCAUGGUGAAAACCAAUGGGAUGAGAGAUCAGAUAUAAGGGAAAUAAAUCAGAAAACUCUCUGAUUGGUCAGCCAAUGAAAUAUCGCCACAAGUUAUCCUGUAGCUCAGUUAUUAGCAACCCAAAGGCCAUGGGUUUGAUCUUAAGGAAUACAUGUAUUGAUAAAUGUAUAGAUUGUGUGGACUGUAAGGCGCUUUGGAUAAAAGCAUAAAUAUAAUAUGUAAAUGUAGGUUUGAGAUUGCAAAGAGACAUACAGAUCAGAUCAGUUAUUAGUCAAAACUGAUGGAUCCAAGCAGAAGACGACUAAGUGUCUCUCUGUAUCUGAUAAACUGCGAGGAAGUGGGUGAUUCUCACGAAAACUUGGUUUUAAAAAUGUCAAGCAUGAAAAUGUAAAAAUUGCUUAAAUUUACUUUUUUCCCACCAGACAUUGAAAAACAAAGUCUGGAGUAAAUGGGAACAUUAAUUUAAAAACUUUUACUUAUCAUUUAACACUUUUUGUAACAUAAUUUAAAAAAUUAGUCCUAAAAAAUCUCAUUACCGCAACAGUCAGAAAACAUCAACACUGACAUAUUUUAAAAAUGACAUGACAAACCUGAAAGAACAUAAUUUGGAGAUUCUGCACAUGCAUUUAAAAUCAAAGUAUUUUGCUUCUAUUAAUUAAAUUAACAUUUAAUAAGCAUCUGUUGCGGUAAUGAUAAUCAAAAUGUCGUGUAAGCAUUCUGACAAGACAAUAUUUCAAAUUAACUGUAAAAAAAUGAUCUUACCUGGUAGCCAUCUUGAAGUAACUGGUCCAUGUGCUUGGUUACUCAAAAUCAAAUUUUAUUUAAAUUCUGUAUGUGUGCUUAAACUGUUCUCAAAAAGUGUUGCGGAGGAUGAGAACAUCAGGCAUGGACACAUCAUUUUCCUAAUUUUUCUUCAUUAUUAUUAUACAUGAAUAUUCAGUAAAUAUUUUUCUGUCAUCUAAAGUAGUCUAGUAAAACAUCCAUUUUUUUUCUUUAUAUUUUUGUGUUAAUUUGAUUAAAUUACAACAUAACGCAUGUUCAAACACAGCCGGACACAUUGCGGUAAUGAGAAUUUCAGCAGAAAAUGAGAUAAAAUUUACAAUUAUAAAUUCUUAUGUUGAAAUCACACAUUGUGCAAGGUAGAACACAGUAUUGUGUUAAUUCUGAUGCUUUUUAAUGUAACUAUAUUACACAUUUUAAAGCUAAAAUCAUUUGUGCCGUGCUGUUUCAAUGGUUUCGUGAGAAUCACCCAAGUAUCAAAUACUGACAAUUAUAAUUAAAUGUUUAAAAAAACAUUUAGAAAUGUAAAUAUUGUCAUUAUUUCCUCACUGCCAUGUUGCUCCAAAAUCAUUUGACAGAAUAAAAUAUUUUGUAUCAUUCUUUCAAAUUAUAUUUCAUUUUGAGAAUACCAGAAAGCAGACGACUCCGAGCCGGAUCCGCAGACUUCAGCGCGUAUCCGACCCGGAGUCGUCUGGGAUUUUAAAAGCAUGCUUCAAAUAUACUGUAAAAUGAUGUCUUUAUGUUGCAUUGCAUUCUGGUUUACAG